UAGUUUAUUCUCGUUAAAAAUGUCUCUGCCCCUACAUUGGUCUCACAAUAAUAUCGAGGCACAAAUGUAAAUAUAAAUCAAAUAUAUGUCAUAUAAACGUGUGUGGAAAAUUUCGGCUACAAUGGCUUGCCAUACUCGGUGACGUCACAGCAGCGUCCGUCCUUGUUCGGAAAGAAAAAGUUUGUUUAGCUUCAGCAAACUUCACUCCGUCGGUGCGGGAAACGAUGAGAGGAGAUCGGACGGAGCUGGUGGUGGCUGCCUUUUCGGUUCGCCUCUGAAAUCGGUUUUUAUUUUAUUAAAUUAAUGUCAAUUUUAGGUUCCUGUCUUGACUAUUUUAGAGGAGCACCGCUGUUUAAAAGAAAAAAAAGGAGCCUGAGCGACCGGUUGUUGUGGACGGAAUCACCGCCGCCGCCUAGCCGUUGGUCCCCUUAGUCAGCAGCGCUGGACGUUUUUCCGGUAAAUUCUUAUUCCUGCGUCGUCAUCCUCCUCACCAUGUUGGUCGUAUGUCCGAAGUCCUCGCGGCCUCCCCGCGCAUGAGCGGCGGCGCGGGAGCCGUCGGGGCUCGGAGCCGGCGGGCUUCAGGAUGAGGAUGCCCAGAGGAGGACGCCUGCUGCUGGCCACGAGCGCGGGCUCGCUCUUCGUCCUCGUGCUGUACUUUCAGAGCAUCACCAAACCAGAACUUUCCCUGGGGAGUGAGGAAGUUCCCGGGAAAAGCAGGAGAAGUCCGCUGCAGACGCUCUACAACGGCGAGCAGCUGGAGCUGUCGGAGGAGCAGCGCUCGCUCCAGGACCGCAGGGAGCUGCUGGAGGAGGCGUGUCUGAGCCACACCAAGAAACGCCGCGUCCUCUCGCCCAAGGACCUGAAGCACCUCAUCGUGGACGACAAACACGGCCUCAUCUACUGCUACGUGCCAAAGGUGGCCUGCACCAAUUGGAAGCGUGUGCUCAUGGUCCUGGGAAGCGGCGGCCGCUACACCGACCCGCUCGCCAUCCCCGCCAACGAAGCCCACGUUGCAGGAAAGCUGCGGUCCCUGUCCGACCUCUCCCCCGCGGAGAUCAACCAGCGCCUGCGCAGCUACCUCAAGUUCAUCUUCGUGCGGGAGCCCUUCGAGCGUCUGGUGUCGGCCUACAGGAACAAGUUCACCCGCAGCUACAACACCGCCUUCCACAAACGCUACGGAACCAAGAUCGUGCGGCGGCACCGCCAGAACCCCAGCCCUGAAGCUCUGGAGCAAGGGAACGACGUGUCCUUCCGCGAGUUCGUCCAGUACCUGGUGGACCCGCGGACGCAGCGGGACGAGCCCUUCAACGAGCACUGGGAGCGCGUGCACUCCCUGUGCCACCCCUGCCUGAUCCACUACGACGUGGUGGGCAAGUACGAGACCCUGGAGACGGACGCCCAGGCCGUGCUCCGGCUGGCCGGCGUGGAGGGGACCGUUCGGUUCCCGACGUCCGGAAAGAGCACCCGGACGGACGGCAACAUGGCCGCCCGCUUCUUCAAGCACAUCACCCCUCUGUACCAGAGGAAACUCUUCAACCUGUAUCGCAUGGACUUCCUGCUGUUCAACUACUCCACACCCGAGUAUCUCAGGACUCGAUGACCGGCAGACGUAGGACACGGUGUGACCUGACGGGUCCGGCAGACGGAGGACACGGUGUGACCUGAUGGGUCCCGCAGAACCCAGCUGGGGAAGGCGCUGUGCUCCAUGAGGAACUCUCCUUUCAAACCGACGCCUUCUGUGUUUAUGAGCAAACCUGGCUUUGGUUGGAGCUGCUGAGCCGCCGCCGCCGCCUUCAGCUCUCCUGCUGUGCUCCGAGUGCAGACGCUCUCCCUCUCCCGAAUAAUGAGCCAUAAAUGAAAGUCAGACUUUCAGAGGAGCGGGUUCUCUUCUUGCUGUUGGAUGUGAAAGUCCACAGCGCCGCCGCCGUACAGGAAGGCCUCUAUUUAUGUCCGUCCUAUUUAUUCCUGGGUUUGAGAUUAAGUGCAAAUCAUUCCUAUCAGAGAUUUUUGUCUCCCUGAAGGGGCUGCGACGGUCGCUCCCCGCCGCCUGCUGCCAUCCCUCAUCCGUCGGCGCGUUUGGCUGAACAAACAGCCGCAUAGCUGUGGUCGCGGCCUGUUCCAGCCCAGCGCCGCCCCGCUCAGAGCUGCCCUUGUUGGUGGGAGCGGCGGCGCACGAGGGGUUAAAGCAGCUGCACUGCGGCCCCUUGUUCUGCAGACCUGCAGGAAUUCAUGCAGCUUAUUAUAGGAACAGAGUUUCUUAAUGGCAUCUUGUGUCUGAAGGGAAAAAUCCCUCAGUUCUGCCUUUUCCAGGUGGAGUUUUACCGUUUAGGAAAAAAACCUUCUUGCUGCUUUUGUUUCAAUGAACGCCGUUGGCUUAAAUGUUCAAACUGCUGCAUUAAACGCAUCCAGUUCAGUCUAUUUGGCUCCAGCAAAACACAUUUCUGCUGAAACGUUUUCCAGACGAACCCAUUUCUACAAAAGAGGAGCAUUCUGCCUUUAAGUAUUGGAUGAGGGUGGGGGGGGCAGGAGGGAUGAGGGACUCCCAUCCCCUAAAUCUGACAGCGGCAGAAACAGACACUUUCUUAAUUAAUGUAGUUUAUAAUAAAAUACAAUGUCAUUUAAAAAAACCUAAAGAUAUUCAAUUCUGUAAAUGUAUUCAUUCAAAUUAUUCUUAAAUUGUAAACAGACAAAAAAAUGCAAAAAUGAAAAGAUUAAAUUAUAAUCCAGUUCCAUAGUAUUUCAAUUGGAACAAGUCUGUUUUAAUAAUCCGGAAGUGACCAACAGGUUCAAUGGAAGCAUUUUCCCGGUCGUUGGCUGUUCUCAAUUUAAGGAAAGAUUUAUGCUGAACGUAGUAAAAACGUCGAUAAGAUGGAAACCUUUGACCAAAAAAGCAGAAAAAGACCCAAACCGGAGCGUUUAGUCCUCUAAAUGUGAGUUUUCAGAGCAGCCAAUGGUCUGGUGGCGUCCAGGCCUGGCGCCCUGCAUCCUUGUCCCCCCGUCUGAUUGGUGGAACACACCUGCUUUGGUUAACAGGUGGGUCUGCGGAAGGAUCACUAAAGCCAGAUCUAGUUUGAUUCCUCUGGGCUUCCGUAGGAACCAUUAUUGACACAAAAAUGAAAUAGAAGAACAGCAGAAAAACAUGA